UACUCGUCGAUUGCUUCACAGGCACAUCCGGCUCUCUCGAUGCGUCUCGCAUUGUUGCAUGCGGGAGUACUCCAUUUAACGCGUGCCAACAAAGAAUAAUCGUCACAAUCUAUCAAAAAUGUCUAACUCUGUGGAAUCAGACAUUUGUGUGUCAGAGACACAGGAAACCUGUUAUGAAGGUGCCAAUGAAACCUUGAAAAUUACCAGUGAAACCCCAAGUACGAGCUUGAAUGAGAGUCAAGAUUUUCGUCUUGUUGAUUCAGAGGGAGAGGAGAAUAUGGUGGAGAGGUUAAAGCAGAAACAGGAUGGAGAGGCUAAUUGUAAGAAAUCAAUUGACCAAGCAGAUUCGCAACAAAUUCCACAAACAUUGCAAAUGGAAGAGAAUAACACGAUAGCUGCAAAUGACAAAAAAGACAGAAUUGUUAUAGAUGAAAAACUAAAGGAAAGCGACGCUGUUAAAGAGAUUAGGGAGAGCGUAUCUAGUGAGUUGUAUGAGUCUGAGAAAAAAGAUGAACUCUUUGACGAGGACGAGAUUAUCCAAGGUACACCUCCUCAAAGUUAUUCGCCAUCCAAAAAAGUAUGCAGUGUCGAUGUUAAUCUGAAGCGUAAAGCUAGUGCCAUUGAUGAACCACCUGCCAAGAUCCUUAAAAUAUCUGAGGAAGAUGAGGCAAACAUUCAGAAGAGACUCGAGGAAGAGAGUCGUCAGUCUUGUGGAUCUGAUGAUUCGUAUCAGGACUUGUUCAAGAAUAUGGACAAAAAUGUUAUAAUAGAAGAGACCCAAGAACCAGCCACUAUGGAAUUUACUCAGAAUACCCUGAAGAUUUCCAGUGAGCACACAGCAGAAACGACAAGCGACAACAAGGCUCAGGAACAUGCCGAGCAGACAAGUCUGCAGCAGGACGAGACUUUCUCCGAGAAACGUGACGUGAAAAAAGACGAGAAUCUGAAUGUCUCUGCGAAAUUAACGGACGUCAGUAAUAAUGAUAGUAUUACUGUCAACUUUAACUCUACAUGCGAAAAAGAUUUUCUGGAAGAGGAUAAUCUGUCAAUUGGAAAAGAAAAUGUUACUUCAACGAAUGCUGUAGUAGAAAUAUCUAGGAUUGGAACAUUAGACGAAACGGAACUCGUAAAAGAUACAGAAACAACGUCUGAUAAAAUGGAUCAAAUGGAACAAUCGAACUGUGUCAAGAAGACUGUUGACAAGAAUGACGAAGAGAUUUCGUCCUCGCAAACUAAGUCACGAAUGAGCGUAGAAUUGAUAGACGAGGACACAAAUCGAGCUGAUAAUAAAUCGAAGCCGCAAGUAGUGCAGAUUGAUGACGAUGAUGAAAAGAUAUUGAACUCGUCAACCGAGGUGAUAUAUCAUCGUCAGAGCAUGAAAAAGAAAUUAGAGAUUGUUCAGAUCGACGAGGAUGGCGAGAAGAUCCUAGACUCAUCAGGGAAGAAUUCUGAAAUUCAAGUCAAGAGCAGUUACGAGAGCAAGAGCAGCUACAAGGAGAGUACAAAGGAGUCAUCCCAGGAGUCGAACUCGUCGGACAAAAGACUGGUGAAUGGAAGCAGUGAGUGUAAGAAGAGCGACGUCGACACGACCGCAAGUUUAGAUUUUGAUACGUUUCCUGUAAAUGAGGAGCUUCUGCCUGUAGGAGCAAUAACUACCACACAUGAUAUAAAGAAGGUAGAUGGCACCAAAAGCAACUGUUUGAAGUCUAAAGAUUUAGACAACAUCGAUCUCGUUAUCGUAAGCGAUAAUGAAACAUCUAACGUAGAAGAGAAAAACAAGUCUGAUCUGAUCUAUAACAAUACACUAGGAAAGAUCAAGCAGGAAGAGCGGGAGAUCGGUGUCUACGUGAAGCUCAAAUGUCUGGUACACACGGACGAGAAUACGAAAGAACUCGUGAGGAAGGAGCUAACUGCAGUGCAGUGCGAGCCCAUAACCGAGUUGAGCAGACAGAAGAAUGAAGACAGUCAGUCCUCGAUGGCAGAUAUCUCUGAUAACAAGGAGUCGUCGCCCGGUUCCGUGAAUAGCAAUCCUCAGUUAUACCAGCUUGCAUCCCGAUUGUCCAUGAUGUCGUCAUCAAGCUCGGGAUCUAGCGCUGCUUCUUUGGCUGUAAAACUUGCUCUAAAAGGCGGUCCGCCCCGCUUCUCGAUGCUGACGGGCCCAGCAAAGCUCACGAAGAAAUCUCCCCAAAACAUCAUAUCAAUGAUGGCGGAGAAGCAAGUAUUGGAUGAGACCUACGAUCGUUUGACGCAUGAAUGGAAGAACUAUCACUUGCUUACAACGACAAUCCUGAAUUACGCAAACAUGGAAUUGAGCAGUAUAUCCGCUACCACAGCCCUCACGAUUGUUGAUACUUUCGCGAAUGUGAGCAACGAGCGGCUAGACGAUCAUCAUCAUCACUUGGAAAAGAACAAUAUGCGUUCGUCGACACCGUCGGAUCACCCCUCAAGUUUGAAAGUGGAAUUAAAUGCUACGCCGAAGAGCACGAAAAAAGGUAAAACCACGAAAAGACCGAGGAGCAAAUUGACGAGAUCGAACGUCGCGCAAAUCAACGGUGAGAGCAGCGCCAAAAAUAUUCUGAGCGAGCCGGCUCUGCACAUAUCCACCACGGAGAUGGACACACCGAGUAAAAAGAUCAAAUUAGAAGACGAGCAUUUAAACAACGUGGACGUUCAGGCGAAGUCACCGCAAAGCAUGCUGGCCGACGAGCUAAUCGGUAAGAACGUAUUCGCCAAAUGGUCGGAUAACAAUUACUAUCUUGGCAUGGUGAGUGAUUGGCUGAAGACUAAGUACAAGGUGAACUUCUACGACGGGAAGAGUAAGACGCUCAUACCCGAAUUUGUGAUACCGAUACCAAAGAUUCUGAGGAAGGGUCUGUCUGUAUACGCUACCACGAAGACUAACGAUUACGGUUCCUGCGGCAUUAUCAUCGACGUUCAAAUAUCGAACGGCGACACGAACUAUACGGUGGUAACUGAUGAGGGCGAGAAAUUGAACGUGCAAAUACAGAACAUCUUCUUGUCCACUGAUCAAGCGCAGCUGCUCAAGGAAGAAGUGGACUCCGUAAGUAAGAGUUCCCUGCCGAGCACGCCAAAAGCGCUCGGUCAGGUGACCUUGGACAACAUGAUUGACGGCAAGCGACGCUCCAAGAGAAUCGGCACACCACUCUCCUCGACUCCUAAGUCCAGGAUCAACUCUGGCGCGUUGAGCACUUCGACCAGUAAAACCAAAUCCGAACCCUCGGUGUCCGGCAUGUCUGCCAAGUUAAACAAGGGGACGGCAUUGUUCGAUAGCGAGGGAAUGUCGAGCGAUUCAAACAUUGAAUCUACUCGCAGUAAAGCAGAAGACGAAUAUACUCUAAUGGGAAUACAGAAAGAGAUAAUUGGCACGCCGUUUGAACAGAUCACGAAAGGACCACCGAGUAGGAACAAGAGCAAAUCACGUAGCAAGAAGAAGGAGGACCCGAAAAUGAUCGCUACUCUUGGUCCGAUUCCGACGAACUCAAACAUCUUCAAGGGCAUGUCAUUCAUCCUUACUUGCAUAUCCUUAGAGAAACUGGAAAGAUAUCAAGAUAUAAACAUUCACACGGCGUCGAACACGAAAACAGAAGCCAUCGAAACGGAUAAUGAAACAGAGUAUGAGGACGAUUGGGUGGACAAACAUUUCGUGCGUGAAAGACUUCACACGCAGAUCAAAGCAGGCGGCGGAAAGGUCUAUGAUGACUUUGAGGAAAUACCGAAGGACGAGUAUGAGAAUACAAUACUGAUCACCAAUGUGCCAAAUACUACGGCAAAGAACAUAUUAUGUUUGUCAGCUGGCAUUAUCAUAUGCAGUCAUAAAUGGAUCAUCAGAUGUUGUGUAGAGGAAAAGAAAGUGAACACGGCGGAACUUGCUCUUCCAAACGGCUGGAGUUUGCAGAAAAAAACUUACAUAGAAGCAUUCGAGACAUACGGAAAGAAACCGUUGUCAGAAAUCGUCGUGAUAAUUCCUAGUCUGGCAUCCAUCAAUUUGCCACAAUUUGCCACGUUCUGGCGGCAAGUUUGCGAAAACGCGGGUGCGAUAGUUUUAAUCGCAGAAGAUUUAGAUGCUAUGGAAACGAUGGAUUUUGCUAGUACUACAGUGGUCAUAUCUAAUUGGAAGUGUCCGUUAUGGGCACAGAACAGAGCAAUCCAAUUAAAUUUUCCAAUUCUGUCCACUACGUGGGUGGUCCAGUGUAUAAUCGAGGGGAAACUCUGCCCACAAAACCAUCCACGUUACAGACAUACUUACAUACCAAAUUAGGAAUUUUCAUUAAUUAGAAAGCUGUUAUUUUUAUAAUCGUAAGUAAGUCGCCUACGAUCCAUGUGGACUACUAGAAUAUAUUUUCUUUUGUUUUCUAAAUUUUUUCCAUUUUUUUCUACCUUCCACGUCAUAUUGCAAUAAGAUGAAAGGAUAACUUCACAAUCAUAUAUCUUCAAAUUUUUCGAAAAUUCUUUCUUUUUUUAAUAUUUUACCGUUUCUGAUACGCUAACAUGUACGCGAUGUAUUGCCUACAUUGUAUUUUUUUCUAGAUAUAUCCUCGAGUUAUUCUUUCUAUUUUACAUUUGUACGUUUCAUAUGAUGACUGAUGACCAAUAUAUUUCAUGCAUUUUUAUAUGGUGAUUCGUCCUCGUACGAGGAUACGUGUAAUGCUUUACACUUUUAUAAGAUUUUGUAUAAAAAUGGACGUGUACGCAGGAACCACAGAUCAAUUUUAUACACGAAUACGGGAAUUCUUAUCGUGUGUAAAAUUAUUAGAUCGUAUGUUUACAAUAAUUCAAUAAUAAUUUAUAAUCAUAUCGCGCCGAAUUGCACUUAUACAUCGACAAAAAUGCGAGAUUAAUUUCAGUUAAUGCAGGCGAUAUUCUUGAGGAAAUGUCGCGAUUCAUGUCAAUAAAUAAAUUCUUAUUCCGUUUUUUAUCGAUUUUUAUAAAUGGGCACAUUCACACGUCUAUUAGAUCUAAUUAAUUUAACGACAUUGAGACUUUUGUUUUCUCAUCAUGUGGAAUUAUAUGAGA